AUGGAGAAGUACUGCGGCAUUGUCUACGAGCUGGACGUUGAAGGCCAGCAAAACAUGGAGCAGUUCUUGGGCGCACUAGGUGUCAGCGACCAGUUGGCCAUAGACUUUGUGCUGUCGGCGCCGUGCAGGGUGACUCUGACGUCAGACGGUGACGAGUUCACGCAGCAGACGAGCACCUGCUGCUACGAGGACGUGGUGAGCUACCGGCUUGACGAGUGCUACGAGCAGCAGGGCUACGACGGCCGCCUCGUCUGCAGCCUGGUGACGGAACCGCGGCCCAGCACACACCUGCUGCAGCAGACGUACGAAGACGGCACCUCCGUCACCAUCGAGAAGCGCUUCAGCGCCACGGAGCUCGUCAUGAUUCUAAAGAUUGGUGAUGUCACGGCAAGGAGGACGUUCAGGGCAACUACGAUGUCAGAGGGAUGUUCUACGUCAGUUUUACAGCAGUCGGCGCAGUCUUGCCCUCCAGACUGUAUUUUACAAGCAGAUGGCGCUUGA